AUGUGUGGCAACAUUAUCUAUUCGUUGAUUAAGAAGACUGCCAUUGGGGCUGAUUUAUUGAAAUGCUGCGCAGAGUUGCAAGGAAACCACGCUCGCCUAGAUUUAAGGGCAGUUGCGAACGGGGAUUCGAUCAGGAGACGAUCACUUCGACUACUCCUUCAUGAGGGGUGCAGGUAA